ACCAAUUUUGCCGCCAUUGCCCGCGCUAUGUUACUGCCCGGCUAGUUAUUAGUAGUAGGGGUGGCUCGUACCACCAGCAAUGGCAUCUUUCCUGCCUUCUUCUAUCCCAAAGGCAAGGGGAAGAAGAGGAGAAGAGAGUAAAAACUGCUGCAAAUGGACUGGUUGCACGGCUGAGCCGUUUGAGACAGUCCAGGAACUUGUGGAUCAUGUUAAAUCACUUCAUGUCGACCCUCUCCUUUCACAAGACUUUGUCAUGUGUCUCUGGGAAGGUUGUAAGGUUUAUAACGUUCCCUGCCAAAAGAAACAGUGGCUCGGGCAGCAUAUGAGACGACACACGAAGGAGAGACCACACAAGUGUAUAAUGAAUGGCUGCAAUCAGUCCUUCUGGUCACUAGAUGCACUGCACCAUCACCUCCAACUGCAUUUACUACCCUCACCAUCUCCAUCUAUCUCAAAGAAAAAAAAGAAAGAUAUAAAUACUGCUGGCAGUGAGCACACAGCAGGGAAGGAGAGUCUUAAAAAUGGAGAUGGUCUUUGUUCUAUUGGGACUACUGAUGAGACAGACUCUGCUAGUGGUAAUGGUGAUAAUGCGAUGAAAUCACAGACUCAUAAACACUAUCUUAAUGCUAGAGGUAGUCUAAACCCACCUCAACCAUUGGCUAUAAAUGGUGGAUUGAUACAUAGUGAUCCAGUUGAUUCAAGAACGUUAUCAGUGAUCAGGAAAUCACUGAUAUCUCAACACAUGUCAUCAGUAGCAGCUGAAGAAGAAACAUCAUCAAAUGGUAAAACUGCUGGAUCAGUACCAGAAACUGUGAUUACAUUAAAAGGAGAGAUUGUUGGUCAAAGGAAUACUUUUAAAAGCAAAUCAGAAACAGAAUACCUCGUGACCUGGCGUCCAAGACUGAUCCCCGACUCAUGGAUAUUAAAAGAUUCAUAUAAUGGAUAUAAAUACAUACCAAUUGAUGAUUUAUUGCACUGUCAACGAGCUUGGCUGUUUCAAUCUAAUUACCUCAAUAAUCCCAUAUCCCCAUCCUUUCCCUCUUCGUCCUCUUCCCUUGAAGAUCUGUCUCCAUUUUUGUCUUCUUCCUCUUUUCUUGUAGCUAGCAUACCAACAAAAAGGAAGAGAAAAAGAAACUAAAAUCAUUUUGAAUUUUGAUGGACAUUGAAGCCAUUUUGGCUAUAAAUGUUAUCAUUGAUUGAGUCUCAUUUUUGUAAUAUUUUUAAGAGUACAUGAUGUCAUGUGCUAUCGUUUUCUAGUUUUAUUUAAUUGAAAUUUAAAACUAUAA